CACGUGUCGCUUCCGUAUUGGUUGGGUCGUUUCGAUUACCCAGGUCAGCAUCCUAUAAAUAGUGGAAUGCCUCCCUUAACCCUCCUCAUUCCAGAAAUUUUCUUCCUUGACAUCCAUCGUCUAGAGCCUCGUCUAGGAGUUCUCUGCGUCUAGAGUCUUCUUCCGUCUAGAGCCAGGUACUCUUCUUUUUCUCGUCUUUAGGUUUAAGUUUCUUGUUAGGGAUGUCUGUUGCUUCCUCGUCUACUGAUAGCCUUAAUAAGGUUAUAGACGAGUAUUGUGAUGAUACUAGUGAUAGGUCUAGCUCUAGCAGUGCUAGUGAUGAGAGUGGAGGAAGCACGGACGAGAACUACUCUUCUGGGGCCCCUGGGCUCCCUAUUGAAGUCGUCCAAGAACAGCUUAGGAGAGCUUCUGGCUCUCAAGCUGGUUCUCCGUCCAAUCCUUCGGACGAGGUAGAGACCGUCUUUAGUUGCGCUGUAGGCGUCCAUUCUAAGACGGACGAACAAAGGUUAGGUAACCUUAAAUCCUGGUAUCAAAUCCCGGACGAGUUUAACCCUAGGUUACCCGUCCAUGGAGAGUGGUGUUGUGAGCCCCGUUUUGGAAUAGGCGUCUAUGAAUCUUACUUCUUAGGUGGCCUUAGGUUUCCUUUAAAUGCCUUCUCUAGGGAGUUAUUAGUCAAGUUAGGUUUAGGUGUUUGUCAAUUCAAUCCUAAUGCAUGGAGAUUAAUUAUCUCCAUGCAAAUUUUGUGGAGGGAAGUUUUUGGUGGGGACCGUCCUCUUACAGUGGACGAGUUCCUUUAUUGUUAUAAACCUUCUGCCAUAAGUCAAUCUGAAGGUUUUUAUCAGUUUACUGCUAGGGGGAAUGAUUGUAGGUUGAUCAAGUCCCUAGCUUCGUCUGAUAGGAAGUGGAAGACGGAGUUCAUUUUUCUUUCAGGCUUCUGGGCAGGGAACCCUGUGGACGUUGGCAGGGAUCCCUUUCCCCCUUACACUGGGGACCUAGGGAACCUUCGUCCAGAAGGUACGUCCCUUCCCCUUGUCUAUUUUUAUUCUUACUCCUAUUUGGUACAUUUACAAUUUCUAACCUUUAUUUGUUCAUUGUGUUGUAGCUGCCAAACGUCCGUCCUUGAGCAAAUUUCACCGUGACCGCGUCCACAGGGCUCGUCUACACACAGAUAGGAGCUUCCAUUCUCUGGUCACGCUUAGACGUCUAGCCAAGUGGGGUUUAGGUCCCGAGCCUUCAGACGAAGCUAUAGCCCACGAAGUUACUGUGCGAAAAAGAAUGUCAACAAUGAAAGAGAACAAAGGGAAGGAAAUUGCUGGAGAAGGGAAGCGUCCUGAGGGUAUGGCCCAGGAUCGUCCUGAGGGUCAGACGCGUCCAACGGCUGGGGACAAAAGAAAAUUCUUGCCAAAGAAUAUUGACCUGGAAGGGCUCCCCAGUCGUAGAGACAAAAGGGUUAAGCAGGGCUCGUCCAAGGUGGUUAAGUCAAAACCUCCUCAGUCUC